AUGAUAUUAAUUUAUAGUAAAUCGAUAAUAGAAGCUUCAAGCUCAACUCUUGUAUUAACAUUACAUUGCUCAGAGUGCGAUUAUACACAAUCUAUUAGUGAAUUUAUUAGCUCUCUUAAAGAUGAUCCAGAAGAAGAUACUAUAGAUGAAAAUACUUUGGAAAAAGUAAUUGAUUUAAAUAAUAUUAAAGAUUUUAUUAUCCAAAUUAUCGAUUUGUAUAAAUUACAAUCUGAAGCUAAUUUAGAAAACAUGCCACCAUUUCAUUUUGAAUGUAAUUUAGAUAUCGUAACUCUAAAUAAAUCUACAAGAGAG